UUUUGUUGUUAAAAUUCUUAAUAGAUUUUGUUCCACCAGUAGUAGUCUGUGUGUUGUCAUUUGAACUGCAUGUCCAUGUCAGAUAAGCAGCAUCUAGGCUUGCCAGUUGAUCGACCCUCUCUUAUUUACUACUAGGCUGUGUUGAGGUGGGACAAAACGCGCUUCAUGAUAUCGCGAGAAACGCCGUGAACAUAGCAACAAGACAACCAAAAUAAAUUGGACAACAGUUCGGAGUGAACGAUGGCGGCGUCGCUGCUACGCCGGGAUAAGAAAGCUACCGCCGCUAACUUAAAGGCAGACCUCAACCGGACUGACAACAGUUUUGGGCUCCGACAGCUUCAGGAACUGCUGGAUAAUGUUCUCAACCCGGAGAAACCGGCGGCGGACACCGAGGCCCUGGACUGGUGUAAAUAUCUGCUAGCAGGAGGGGACGGGUUCGAGGAGUUUUGCAAGACCGUCUGCUCCUACGAUAACGCUACGCUGUGCGGUUUGGUCUGGACUGCUAAUUUUGUAGCAUACCGCUGUCGGACCUGUGGCAUUUCGCCGUGCAUGUCACUCUGCGCUGAGUGCUUUAACAACGGCGAUCACACGGGCCAUGACUUUAACAUGUUUAGGAGUCAGGCUGGCGGGGCCUGCGACUGUGGAGACAGUAAUGUCAUGCGAGAAAGUGGGUUUUGCAGAAGGCAUCGGUUAAGAACUGGGGAGAAUGUUCCAUCAGUCCCUAGAGAUCUGCUGCUCAUGUCUGAGAUGGUUCUUCCUCGUUUUAUCAUCAGUAUAAUACAGUACCUGAGAGAUGGCUACACAGAGUCAGAAUCUGCCACAGAGAGAGAUCUGCAGAAGGUCCUUCAUCAGCUGGAGCCUCAGAUCUCUUUCCUAGAAGAUCUUACUAAAAUGGGUGGAGCCAUGCGCACAGUCCUCACAAAGAUCUUAACCAAUCAGCAGACCUUUAAAGAACUGAGCAUGGGCCAAGAGGAGAAUAUGUAUGCAAAGAGAAACUAUGAGAAGUACCUGUCGGCACUCAAGAAUUCUGGCCUGGUGUCUGUGGAGGAUAAGGGGUUGGCAGGGGCAGCAGACUCUUCAGCUGGGGCAGGAACUGGUGCCCUUGGCUUACUGGGGGCCACAGCAGCAGUCAGCCCAAAUGAGGAAAAUAAAGAGGAGGAUCAGGACGGAGGGCAGAGUGUAGGCCAGAGAAAGAGAGUAAAGCUGAGUAGCAGUACCAAAGAUCCGUCUAUAAUGGACAUUCUAAAGCAUAAAUGUUUUUUAGAGGAGUUAUUGUUUUGGACUAUUAAAUAUGAGUUUCCACAGAAGAUGGUUACUUUUUUACUCAACAUGUUGCCAGAUCAAGACUAUAAGAUCACUUUCACGAAAACAUUCGUCCAGCACUAUGCCUUUAUCAUGAAGACUUUGAUGAAGAGCCAUGAAUCAGACACGAUGUCCAACCGAAUAGUUCAUAUCAGUGUGCAGCUGUUCAGUAAUGAAGAGUUAGCACGUCAUGUCACUGAGGAGUGCCAGCUGCUGGACAUCAUGGUCACUGUACUGCUCUACAUGAUGGAGAGCUGCCUUAUCAAGAGUGAACUGCAAGAUGAAGAGAACAAUCGUCAUGUGGUGGUGAACUGUGGCGAAGCCUUGUUGAAGAAUAACACCUACUGGCCUUUAGUUAGCGACUUUAUUAAUAUUCUCUCUCACCAAAGUGUAGCCAAGCGUUUUCUGGAGGAUCAUUCGCUGCUCAUGCUCUGGAUGAGCUUUGUCUCCUUUUUCCAAGGAAUGAAUCUGAACAAGAGGGAGCUGAAUGAGCACGUGGAGUUUGAAUCACAGACGUACUAUGCGGCUUUCGCCGCUGAGCUUGAAGCCUGUGCUCAGCCCAUGUGGGGGCUGCUCACGCACUGCAAAGUCAAAGAAACACAGGAGUACACUAAAACAGUGGCACGCUACUGCCUGGAGACUUUGCAGAUAUGGUUUGAUGCCAUUGGCUUUGUUGAUGAGCCUGCUCCCAAUCAAAUAACAUUUCAUUUGCCAUUACACCGCUACUAUGCCAUGUUCCUUAGCAAGGCGGUGAAGUGUCAGGGACUGGAUUUGGACAGUCUCCUCCCUGAUCAGGAAAUGCUGAUGAAGAUUAUGGUGCAUCCUCUUCAGAUACAGGCAUGUCUGUCUGAGAUUCACAGUAACAUGUGGGUGAGGAAUGGAUUACAGAUUAAAGGGCAGGCUAUGACCUAUGUCCAAUCUCACUUUUGCAACUCUAUGAUCGACCCAGACAUCUUCCUGUUACAGGUGUGUGCAUCACGACUAGAUCCAGACUACUUUAUUUCAUCAGUGUUUGAGAGGUUUAAAGUAGUGGACUUGUUGACGAUGGCAUCACAACACCAGAAUGCAGUCCUGGACGCAGAGCAGGAAAGACCCAUGUUAGAAGGGGCGCUCACUUUCCUCGUCAUAUUGUGCAGCCUCCGCAUACACAUGGGCAUGACUGAUGAUGAGAUACUGAGGGCAGAAAUGGUGUCACAGUUGUGUAUGAAUGACCGCACACACAGCUCUCUUCUUGACCUUAUCCCAGAGAACCCAAACCCUAAGAGUGGGAUAGUGCCUGGCAGUUGUAGCUUCGAGGAGAUGCUGUCUGCUGUAGCUGAUUUUAAAGCUCCAGUGUCUGAGCCUGGUGGCUCAAUGCAGCAGGGCAUGUACACGCCCAAAGCGGAGGUGUGGGAGAAGGAGUUUGACCCCAUCAUGGUGAUCCUGCGCACAGUGUACCGGCGAGAUGUUCAGUCAGCGAUGGACAGAUACUCAGCAUUUUUGAAGCAGUCGGGUAUUCACACCGGUAACCCCUGGCCUCCGUAUAAGGAGAGGACACCCCUGCACCCAUGUUAUAGAGGGCUAGUGCGUCUGCUGCACUGUAAAACUCUGCAUAUCGUCAUCUUUACUCUCCUGUACAAGAUCUGGAUGGAUCAUCAGAACAUGUCUGAGCAUGUGCUGUGUAUGGUGCUGUAUCUGGUUGAGCUGGGUUUGGACAACCAUGCACAAGAGGACAAGGAGGAUGAAGAACCGUGUAUUGAGGAGCACUGCCAUGACAGCUGGUUCCCUGGCACUAGCCUGCUCUCCAAUCUGCACCACGUCAUUAACUUUGUACGAGUGCGAGUGCCUGAGACUGCCCCAGAGGUGGAGAGAAAAAGGGAACGGGAGAGAGAGAGGGAGAGGCAGAGAGAGACGCCUCCCAGCACCAGCACUGAUUCGUCAACCUUUGGCCAGGUCAGCCAAACUACGAACUUGCGUGAGGCUCAGUUGUUCAGCCUGGUGGCAGAACGCCGGAGGAAGUUCCAGGAGAUUAUAAACCGCAGUAAUCACGAGGCAAACCAGGCUGUACGGCCGAAGUCAUCUUCGCGCUGGCUUCCCCCAGGCUCUCCUCCUCAGAUGGUCACUGAGAUUCUAGAGAUAAGGGAGAGCAUGCUGUCUCUGCUGGUCAAACUGCACCAGAAACUGUCGGCCAAGCAGAACUCGCUGACUCCAAGCUGGCUGGAGGAGGCUGAGUCAGCACACCACACACAUGGAGAUGGCAUCACUGCCAUUGAGAGGAUCCUGGCCAAAGCAGCAUCACGCAGCAGACAUAGCAAAAGAUGCCUGCAAGAGAUUUGUGGCAAAGUGUGUCCACCUGUGCCUCCAAAAAAGAACAGCCCAGGAGACAAGAAGAGCAUGGAUAAAGACGAGAGGCGGCAGAGGGCCAGGGAGAGACAGCAGAAGCUACUGGCUGAAUUUGCCUCCAGGCAGAAAAGCUUCAUGGAGACAGCCAUGGAUGUUGAAUGUCCUGAAAUGGAGGCAGCAAUGGACGUGAGCUCAGCCGAGCCUCUCGACUCCGAGGUUCUCUAUGACUGUGUGAUAUGUGGCCAGAGCGGCCCCUCUACUGAAGACAGACCUACGGGACUGGUGGUGCUACUACAGGCGUCCUCAGUGUUGGGCCACCGUUGCUGUAGCGAUCAGGCAAAGCGGCUUCCUACAAGUGAUGACGAGCGGAUCUUCCCUGAGGACACGUGUGGGGCGACUAACGAUGUUAGACUAGCGCUUAUGCAACGUUACUUUAAAGAGAGUUCCUGUCUGCAGUCUGUCUCCAUUGGCUGGGAUGGUGGUGUGUAUGUGCAAACAUGUGGUCACACACUGCAUAUAGACUGCCACAAGUCCUACAUGGAGUCUCUACGGAAUGACCAGGUGUUGCAGGGUUUCUCAGUGGAUAAAGGCGAGUUCACGUGCCCGCUGUGUCGCCAGUUUGCUAACAGCGUCCUACCCUGCAAACCAGGGCGUGGUAUGGAGGUGGGCACCUGGCACACACCCAGCAACAAGAACAUGGCCACACUAGUGAAAGAAGUGGAGGAGCUGCAGGACCAGUUGACUGUCUUUCCCGUAAGCACCAGUACGGAAUCUAACCUGACUAAAGAGAUGGAGUCUGUGAUUAAAGACAUAAAGAAUGCCACGCAGAAGAAGUACAUGGACUACGGCAAGAACCCUGGCUCACCUGAUAACGACUUCCUCUUCAUGUACUCAGUGGCCAGUUUUGUGUCCUCUUUUUCCUCAUUGGCUGGACAGUGCAGUGGAAAAUUCCACCAUCUCAUGCUCAUCUCAUUAUCAGUGGCAGCCAGGACAAAUCUGGAGUUGGAGUUGGUUCAUCGUGGUGGGAACCUGUGCAGUGGGGGGGCGAGUGCUGCAGCCAAACGCUCCUGUCUCAAUCAGUUGUUCCAUGUAUUAGCUAUGCACAUGCGUCUGUACAGCAUCGAUUCUGCUUAUAAUCCCUGGACUCGACUCACACAGAUCACCCAGCACAGAGAGUCCGACUAUGAGGAUGAAGACCAUCCCGAGGUUCCAAUGCUGUUCAGAGAUGUCCCCUCCCUACUCAUUAUCUUUGUGCUCACGAUGCCUCAGCCACUACGCAAAGAACACUUCACAUCAGUCGUGAAGGUGCUAUACACGUUGCUGUAUACUCAGGCCCUGGCUGCUCUGUCUAUUAAACUCAGCCCUGAGGAGAGACUGGCCUGGAGCAACAGUGGGGCAGCCAAGAAGAACUUGCCAAACUCUGAGAAAUCAUGGGAGGCACUCCUGAGUCAUGCGAUCAGUGAGCUUACCAAGGUCAAGGGAGCUUAUGAUGACAAUCCAAAUGAGACCAUGUUGAGUUCGACUAUAUGGUCUCCUCAAUCCAUAGAGUUUACAUUGCAACAAUUCUGUUUGCCCUUCAUGCGUCUUUCCUGUCUUCUUCAACACCACCUCUACGGGGACAAUCUACCUGGCUGCCUGCUAGAGGAGGAGUUCUCGUUGCUGGCAGGCGGUUUGGGGUUGCUGUCUGCUUCGUUUCAGCCCAGCACCUCCAUGAACAGCGGAGUGUGCCUGGAAUGGAGUAUCAACGCGUUCGAGCUCAUCUCUCAAUGGUGCUCUGAGCUCAUCAGCCUGGCAGACAAGCCUUCACAGCAGGCUAUGUCUCUUUUGGUGCAGGACCCUCACUGGUCCGCUCCUCGUCUGCUGCAGCUUCCCGACAACUACAACACUAUCUUCCAGUACUACCACAGGAAGUCCUGCACUGUGUGCAGUAAGACACCCAAGGACCCAGCUCUGUGCCUCGUUUGUGGAGCGUUCGUCUGUCUCAAGGGCCUCUGCUGCAAACAGCAGGGUGUCUGCGAGUGUGUGCUGCACUCUCAGCACUGUGGAGCUGCAACAGGGAUAUUCCUCCUAAUAAACGCCUCUGUGAUCAUCAUCAUCCGUGGUCAUCGCUUCUGUCUGUGGGGGUCCGUUUAUCUGGACGCUCACGGAGAGGAGGACAGAGACCUACGUCGUGGCAAGCCUCUGUUCCUGUGUGCUGAGCGAUACCGUGUGCUGGAGCAGCAGUGGGUGUCGCACACCUUCGACCACAUUAACAAGCGCUGGGGUCCCCACUACAACGGACUUUAACACAUAAACCCCAAACCCAGAGGAGCCAGAUCACAGUGGGCAUCAGUGCCAGCCUCUCUAUCUCCUUUUGAUAUAUGCUGUCAUGUAAUAUAAAAAUAACGCUGUGAGUGAAUUGCUGCUACAGCCUUGGUUACGUGAAGUUUAGUGUACAAUCAUGCCUAAUGACUAACAGCGUGUGUGGGUUUUUUUUUUUUUUUUUUUUUUU